UGUGCCUGCGAAAUAAUGGCGAAUGCCAGCCAGCCGCGCGACUCGUGCGGCGGGAGUGAGCCGGCCGGGCGACGCAGUGCGUCCGCCGCUGCCGGUCGAUGUGCGGCCCCCGCCCCCGGCGCGCUCAUUGGCGGGCGGGCGGCCGCCGGAGCGCGCGCGCGUCGGGCCCGCACUGGCCCCGCGGUGCGCUCCGUGCCAGUCCGCGCCAUGUUCGUGAACGUGAGCGGCUGUGCCGUGCCGCUGGGCUUGGCCACGUCGCUGCGCUCGGCCUGCGGCAUCGGUAGCUGCGCGCUGCCGCCGGCCUCGCCUCCGGACAUCGUGCCUCUGCUCCAGGAAAUGAAAGUAAACUGGGCCACUUCACCAGGCAACACCCCAAAGCUCGACACUAGCAAACACCAUCACAUUUUCGUAGGAGACUUGAGUCCUGAAAUAGAGACAACCCAGCUGCGAGACGCUUUUGCCCCUUUUGGAGACAUCUCGGAUUGCCGGGUGGUGCGUGAUCCACAGACGCUCAAAUCGAAAGGUUACGGCUUUGUGUCUUUCGUCAAGAAAGCGGACGCCGAGAAUGCAAUUGGAACCAUGAAUGGCCAAUGGCUUGGCAGUCGAGCCAUCCGAACCAACUGGGCAACACGUAAACCUCCCGCCAACAGAACUCAGGCCGAAGUCGACAUAACCACAAGCACAAAGCCCCUGACCUUUGAUGAAGUCUACAAUCAGUCCAGUCCUACCAACUGCACAGUGUACUGCGGCGGCAUCACGCAGGGGUUGUCAGAGGAACUAAUGCAGAAGACAUUUAGCAGCUAUGGCGCCAUACAGGAGAUCCGAGUUUUUAAAGACAAGGGAUAUGCUUUCAUCAGGUUUGGUACAAAGGAGGCUGCAACACAUGCCAUCGUGGCCACACACAAUUCGGAUGUGAAUGGCCAGACAGUCAAGUGCUCCUGGGGGAAGGAGGCCACUGACCCCAACAACCAGCAGCAGCCUCAAGUGAGUCCAGGAGACAAGCAUCCCUCCUGGCCAGAGCAGCGCAACCCUUCCGCCGGGAACCUGGCUACCCAGUACUCGUACCCAUACCAGCAGAUGGGCUACUGGUACCCGCAGGCGGGCUACCCACAAGUCCAAGGACAGUUCAUGCAGGGUGUCCAGUACCCCUAUGGACAGUACUACGGACAGGGCUUCGGGAGCGUGGGCAUGCAGAUGGCGUGGCAGGGUCUGCCCGGCCAGCCGCAAGUGGCGGCCGCGCAGACGCCCAUGGCGCAGGGCCUGCAGCAACCGGGCAUGAUCGGCGCCUACCCUAUGCAACAGUACCAGGCCCAGUAGAGAGGGAGGCAGGCACUCGCGCCCACGGAAGAAGACCACGCACAUCGCUCCGCCCGUUCAUUUGUUGUGUGUCUGUUCUGUUCUAUCCUGUUGCGUGUUCUCGGGCUGUGGCACCGGCUGCGCGCCCCGCCGCAGUUAGUUCCUUUUUUUUUUUUUUUUUUUUGUGGAACUAUGUGGUCGGCGGGAAGAUUGCAGGGCGAGGGGAACUAUACAUAUAUAUAUACAUAAAUAAAAAAGGACACAAGCUAUACAUACACCUGAUAUAUAUAUAUAUAAAUAUAUAUAUAUACAUAAAAAUAUAUAUAUAUAUAUCAUAAAGCGAUGAAGAAGAGGGGUAUCAAAAUCUGCCGCUGGUCCCCUUACCGUUUCCUGUAGCUGCGUAGUAGAUGCGAGUCAUUAAUGUGUGGAUGGGGUAGACAUGUUUGGAAUUGUAGUUUACGAACAGCGUCAAGUGUUAGCACGCUCGUUUGGCACAUUUUGUUAUUGUUGUUUAAGUUUAGAUCGCCGGAGAUGUGGGGCAGUUGUGUGUCUCGGCCCGUUUGUGUGUGUGUGUGCGUGCUUGGGUGGGUGCGCCGGCGGGAGGUGCUCCCUCUGGCGUGGCCCAGGUCUCUUGCGGCGGUGCCCUUUCAGUGUGCGCGAGGUUCCUUUUAACUGUGUGCAUGUGGUGUGCCUGUCGGCGAACUGCUGUGGCGCUCGUGCUCAAGUUUUCCCCCUCUGUGGAGUGGAGGGCGCCUCUCGGUGCUGUGCCCGUGGUUGCUUAGGUGUGGGCGGGGUAGGAAACGACUCCACCCGGGCGCUGAAGAGCCGGGCGGAAAGACUGGUGCCGUGUGUGUGUGUGGUGGUGCGCGCGCCCCCGUGUCGCUGUUUUCUCCCGGGGUUGUCUCCGAACAAGGCCGUGAACCUUGAUCCCUGUACAUAGUCACCUCUAGACGCCCUUGGUGCUGCUGCUGCCGCCGCCGGGCCCCUCGCCUUGCACAAUAACGCCCCUAGUGCGAGGUCUCUUGACGCCCACGAGGGUGGGGGGCGGCCUGUGCGCGUUCCCAGGCGUCCCGUGGUUUCGCUGCAGCGAAAAAUAAAGGAGCUGUGCAAGCUAGAUUUCUAUAAA